AAAAAAAAAAAAAGCUUAAUUUAAAUCAAAUUAAAUAAAAAUAAAAUAAAAUGAAAAAGAGCAUGUUAGGCUCCACCUUUCUGUUAUAAAAACCCGCCUACCUUGGCCAUUUUCCUUUCACUCUCCUCGUCUCACAAUAAUCUUCUACUCUUUCUCUCUCUCUUAACCCUAAAUUUCAGGAGAGAGAUUUUCAUUUUCUUAGGAGAGAGAAAAAAAUGGCAGAAAUUUCUUUGAUCAACUUCACUCUCUUCACAUUGUUGUUUUCGGCGCUUUUCUUAAGCGUCGUAAAUGGCAGAUUGACUAAUGAUGACGUCGUUAAUUUGAGGGUUGAAGAGCAUUUGAAAAGCUUGAAGAACUCAUCAAUGGCGGAUAGGGCCAAGGAUGCUGAAGUGAAAAAUGAACAAGCAGCAGUUGAACAACCAGAAGAGAUUGUUUCUAUGGUCCAAAGGAGAAUUAGCAACAGCACAGCAAGGAGAAAUCUAGGAUAUUUUUCAUGUGGAACAGGGAACCCGAUUGAUGACUGUUGGAGGUGUGAUCGUAACUGGCACAAUAACAGAAAGAGGCUUGCUGAUUGUGCUAUUGGAUUCGGACGCAAUGCUGUUGGUGGUCGUGAUGGGCGAUUUUACGUGGUUACUGACCCAAGUGACAAUGAUGCUGUGAACCCGAAGCCAGGGACUCUCCGUCAUGCAGUCAUCCAAGAAGAGCCACUUUGGAUUGUUUUUAAGAGGGAUAUGGUGAUCACCUUGAAAGAGGAGCUUAUUAUGAACAGCUUUAAGACAAUUGAUGGAAGAGGGGUGAAUGUCCAUAUUGCUAAUGGAGCUUGCAUUACCAUUCAGUACAUCACCAAUAUUAUUAUCCAUGGUAUUCAUAUCCAUGACUGCAAGCCAACUGGUAAUGCAAUGGUGAGAAGUUCUCCUUCUCAUUACGGAUUUCGAGGUAUGGCUGAUGGUGAUGGGAUUUCCAUCUUUGGAUCAAGUCAUAUAUGGAUUGAUCACAACUCCCUCGCAAAUUGUGCGGACGGGCUCAUUGAUGCUGUCAUUGCUUCCACUGCCAUUACCAUUUCUAACAAUUACUUUACUCACCACAAUGAGGUGAUGUUGCUGGGUCACAGUGACUCAUACACAGGAGAUAAGAUUAUGCAGGUCACCAUUGCCUACAAUCACUUUGGUGAAGGUCUUAUGCAGAGGAUGCCAAGAUGUAGACAUGGUUACUUCCAUGUUGUGAACAACGACUACACUCACUGGGAAAUGUAUGCUAUCGGAGGAAGUGCAGAUCCCACCAUUAACAGCCAAGGGAAUAGAUACCUUGCCCCAUCUAACCCUUUUGCCAAAGAGGUUACUAAGAGGGUAGAAACAGAUCAGGGACAUUGGAAGCACUGGAACUGGAGAUCAGAAGGUGAUCUACUUCUAAAUGGUGCCUUUUUCACAGCCUCAGGAACAGGGGCUGGUGCUAGCUAUGCUAGAGCCUCCAGCUUGGCAGCCAAGCCAUCGAGCCUUGUAGCGACCCUGACUUCAGGUGCUGGUGUUCUCACUUGUCGCCGUGGUAGAGCUUGUUAGCCAAUUUACCCAGAAUUUCUAUACAAUUGAAACAAAACACCCAAUUGCUUAAAGAAAAAAACUCAAAAAAAAAAAAAAAAAAAAAAGUCCAUUUCCAUUUCUUCCUAAGCCUUAUUUACAUCAAGUAAAUUGGCUGUAGUAUAUAUUUCACUUCUUAUUGUCUUCACCAUGUACACCACCACACAGAUUGUUAAGACUCUCUAUCCUUGUGAUCGCUCAACCUCCGUCUUGCACCCAUAAAGGUUUUAUUUUUGAAAACCAUAAAUGGGGCGAUUCUGGAAGCGUUGUUCAUUUCCUAAGUUGUAUUCUAUCACCUCUUCUGAACCCUCCCAUUGUUCAUUUGCUCCAAACUAAGAAACAUUGGUUCUUAAUUUUUCUGUUUCAAGUUCUGAGUGACUUUCUCAGUCAUUCAAGUUGCUUUGUUCAAUUUUCUGGCUUUUAGAUUUAAGAAAAUCGAAAUAGACAGGAUACAAACACAAUUUUUACAACAGCAAACAAAACAAGGAAUUGGAGAUUGUAACCAUCAUCGUGGAAUAUUAGUACAAGUAAUAUUCAGCAACAAGAGUUUUAGUUUUUCAUUA